GAUCACGCCCCCCACACACUUCCGCCUGUGGCAGCGGCCAGUCGGCGGUUUGCCGUGAGAGGCGGCGGUCGCGACAAAGCGACGAUGGACAGCGAGUUCUCGGACGCGGAGGCGGGGCCGGGGGGGGAGGAGAACGCUCCGGUCUAUUGCGUGUGUCGGAAACCCGACAUUAACUGCUUCAUGAUCGGUUGCGACAACUGCAACGAGUGGUUCCACGGCGAUUGCAUCAACAUCACCGAGAAGAUGGCCAAGGCCAUCCGGGAGUGGUACUGCCUGCAGUGCCGCGAGAAAGAUCCCACCCUGGAAAUUCGUUACCGGCACAAAAAAUGGCGGGAAAAGGAACGGGAACACGAAAGCGUUAAAGCUCAAGAGCUGGCGCUGGAGCAGGGACGGGCCGCCAAGAUCAAGCGGUCGGCGCGCAUGUGCGGGGAGUGCGAAGCGUGUCGGCGCCCCGAGGAUUGCGGGCAGUGCGAUUUCUGUCGCGACAUGAAAAAAUUCGGGGGCCCCAACAAGAUCAGGCAGAAGUGUCGGCUGCGGCAGUGCCAGCUGCGCGCUCGGGAGUCCUACAAGUACUUCCCCACCUCGCUGGCGAGGGGGCGCGAGGGGGAGCUGGAGCUGCUGAAGGAGCAGCUGGGGGCGACGGGGCCCCCCGAGAACCUCUCGGACGAGGAGCUGCCCCUCGACCCCCGGCUCUACCAGGAGCUCUGCGCCGGAGCCUUCGACGAGCACGGUUUGCCGUGGCUCAGCGACCCCGAGGACGCCCCUUUCCUCGACCCCGUCCUGCGCAAACGCGCCGUCAAGGUCAAACACGUCAAGCGGCGGGAGAAGAAGUCGGACAAAAAGAAGGAGGAGCGCUACAAGCGGCACCGGCAGAAGCCGCGGCACCGGGAGCGGAACCGGCACCUCGAGCGCCCCGACGCCCGCGACCCCGCCGGGCUGGGCCAGUGCCUGGGUCCCGGCUGCACCCGCCCCGCGCGGCCGCCCUCCAAGUACUGCAGCGAGGCCUGCGGCGUCAAGCUGGCCGCCAACCGGAUCUACGAGAUCCUUCCGCAGCGGAUCCAGCAGUGGCAGCAGAGCCCCUGCGUGGCGGAAGAACACGGGAAGCGGCUGCUGGAGCGGAUCCGACGGGAGCAGCACCAGGCCCGCCUCCGCCUCCAGGAGAUGGAGCGACGCUUCCACGAGCUCGAGGGCCUCAUCGCUCGCGCCAAGGGCCACCCGCCUCGCGAGGACGAGGAGAGCACGGAGGGUGACAGCGAGGACACCGACCUCCAGAUCUUCUGCGUCUCCUGCGGCCACCCCAUCAACCCCAAGGUGGCCCUGCGUCACAUGGAGCGCUGCUACGCCAAGUACGAGAGCCAGACGUCCUUCGGGUCCAUGUACCCCACCCGCAUCGAGGGCGCCACCCGCCUCUUCUGCGACGUCUACAACCCCCAGAGCAAAACCUACUGCAAGCGGCUGCAGGUGCUCUGCCCCGAGCACUCCCGCGACCCCAAGGUGCCGGCGGACGAGGUGUGCGGCUGUCCCCUGGUGCGGGACGUCUUCGAGCUGACGGGGGAUUUCUGCCGCGUGCCCAAGCGCAAGUGUCACCGCCACUACUGCUGGGAGAAGCUGCGGCGCGCCGAGGUCGACCUGGAGCGCGUCCGCGUGUGGUACAAGCUGGACGAGCUGUUCGAGCAGGAGCGCAACGUGCGGGCGGCCAUGACGAACCGCGCGGGGCUGCUGGCCCUCAUGCUGCACCAAACCAUCCAGCACGACCCGCUCACCACCGACCUGCGCACCGACCGCUGACACCCGGCGCUGCCCCCCCCCACCCCCACCCUUGGGUGGCCCCUCCGGACCCAUGGGUGCCCCCACAGACCCAUGGGUGCCCACCCGGAAAACCCCCCCCCCCCCAAAGUGCUGCCCCCCCCCCCCCCCCAUGUUAUGUGGUGUUCUCCCCCCCCCAAUAAAAUGGGUGUCGCUG